AUGAGCACCGCCCCACCCCCAGAACCUACGCGGCCCCUCUUGCCUCUCUCCAGGGGUAUAUAUAGACUGAAAAGAGAACUGGACAGUCCUGGCAGUCAAAAUGAGGCCUUUCCUCCCCUUCUGCUGCCUGCUGUCUCUACUGGCACUCACCACUGCAGCAGAUGCAGUGGGGUCUGAGACUGACCCGCUUGUGCCGCUCAAGCUGAAGUCUGAAGGUGCGCUGUUCAACUGCUGUGAUGGCACAGAGGAUAUCAGCCAAAGCUCCUCCAAUGACACUCCUGCACCAAACAGACCUGUCUGCCAACCCUGUGGCACCGGUGCACAUAUUGACACCGCGGCAGAAGAUGUCAGCUCUAAUGAGGACGAAGAGGAUGACAUUGCUUCAGAAGAGAAAUCUGAAGAGUUGAGUCAAGAGGAGGCCUCUUCUGAAGAGAUAUUUGAGGAGGAAGUACAUGAAGAGGAGGCAGAAGUUGAGAUAGAGGCAUCCAAUGAAGUGGAGGAGGAGGAAGUUCUUGAGGAGGCACAUGAGAUCUCAGAGGCAGACAGUGAUGUAGAGGCACAAAUGGUUAUUGAGGAAUCUGUUGAAGAGGAGGUGGUUGAGGAAGAGGAGGGUCUUCAGACUGAAGAUGAGGCAGGCGAAGAAGAGGGAAUUUCUCAGAGUGAAGAGGAGGUAGUUGAGGAAGAAGAGAAUGAGGGAGGUGAGGAACAGGUGAUUGAAGAAGAGGCAGAGGUGGUUCCUCAGCCUGAAGAGCUAUUGGAGCAAGUGGAAGAGAGAUCAGAAGAGGUAGCAGAGGAAGAUGACGUAGAAGAGGAAGCUGUAACAGAGGAAGAAGGAGCUCAUGAGGUUGAACCAGAAGCCUUUGUAAAUAUGGUGGAAACAGAAGAGGCUGAGGAACUAGCAGGAGAUGAUGAUGUUGAGGAGGUUGUUGAAUUGGCCCACGAGGUAACCGAGGAGCUUGUGGAACCAACUCCGGAACAAAUUAUUAUCCAAGAAGAAAUUCCUGCACCUGCUGAAGAAGUAACGGUGGAAGAAGUGUCAGAUGAUAUACCAGCACCCAAGGCAUCUGCCAAAGUGGAGAAAAAAAAACCCUCAGGUCGUGCUGCAAGAGAUCGGUCUCACAUUGAAGAGACGCUGCGUCUGGCAACAGCUGAACCUUCGCGGGAAUUUGUCGAUGCUCUGAAGAAGCUGCAGCAUGUCUACAACUCUGCAAUUAAUCCCUUGGAGAAGGCCUACAGAUACAAUGAGCUCAGACAGCAUGAAGUGUCAGAUGCAGAGAUCAACUCUAAGCCCAUGGUCCUGUUUCUUGGCCCUUGGAGCGUUGGCAAGUCUUCCAUGAUCAAUUAUCUUCUGGGUCUCGAUGACACUUCACAGCAGCUUUACACUGGGGCUGAGCCCACAACCUCAGAAUACACUGUCCUAAUGCACGGUGAGAAGUUUCGCACCAUUGAGGGCAUUGUUAUGGCUGCGGACAGUUCCCGUUCUUUCUCGCCACUGGAGAAGUUUGGUCAGGGGUUCCUGGAAAAGCUGGUGGGAAUCGAGAUGCCGCACAAACUCCUUGAGCGUGUCACAUUUGUGGACACACCUGGAAUCAUUGAGAACCGCAAACAACAAGAGAGAGGGUACCCCUAUAGCGAAGUGUGCCAGUGGUUUAUCGACCGUGCUGACCUCAUCUUCCUGGUGUUUGACCCAACCAAACUGGAUGUAGGAUUAGAAUUGGAAAUGCUGUUCAGACAGAUGAAGGGACGCGAGUCGCAGAUCCGUAUCAUUCUGAACAAGGCUGACAGUCUGACAACCCAGGACUUAAUGCGCGUAUAUGGUGCCCUCUUCUGGAGCAUGGCACCCCUGAUUAACGUGACGGAACCCCCACGCGUCUACGUGAGCUCCUUCUGGCCGCAGGACUACUCUCCUGACACCAACAGAGACCUUUUUAAACGUGAGGAGAUCUCCUUGUUGGAGGACCUAAAUCAGGUCAUUGAGAACCGCCUGGAAAACAAAAUCGCCUUCAUCCGCCAGCACGGUAUCCGCGUGCGCAUCCACGCCCUCCUGGUCGACCGCUAUUUGCAGACGUAUUAUGAGAAGUUGGGAUGGUUUAGUGACCCACAGGAGGUUUUCCAUGAUAUCGUCAGUGACCCUGACAAAUUCUACAUCUUCAAGUCCAUUCUGGCCAAGACCAAUGUGAGCAAGUUCGACUUGCCAGAACCGGAGGCAUACCAGGACUUCUUUGGAGUGAAUCCUCCCAGCGGCUUCAAGCUCCUUUCCUCAUACUGCAGCUGGACAGGAGGAUGCCUGCUGGAGAAGAUUGAGAAGGCCAUCACAGAUGACCUGCCGGCUUUGAUCAGCAGUUUGGCAGAGAGAAGGGAAGCCAAGGCAGAGGCAGCUGCAGAAACCAAGGAGAAACACCAAAACCGUUGGCGGAGACAGUAGAAAAAAACGGAGUGAGGGUUUAUUUUCUACCUGAGGCACAAUCAGUCAGAGGGCACCAAAGCGUUGAAUGAAUGGAUGGAUGAGAAUACAGUUAUGAAUAAACGGUUAUAAAUAAAGCAAGGAAGGGAGAGAGUAAAAGAAGAUUCAUAUCAUUGGGAAGUUGAAUGUGGGUCAAUGACAUGACGGGUAAUUUUUUUGUCCAAAGGCCUUAAUAAUAAUAAAAAACAGAUAUGACAUCCAAAGUAUGUAAGGUAGUACAACUAGAUCUCUUUUAUUGAAUCCAAAGGUUUUUAU